ACCCCUAAGGUCUGAGGGAUUCCUGUCGACUCAUUUUACUUCGCUUGAACACGGAAUUUGACUAUCAAGAUGCCUGGUGGUAAAGCUGGAAAGGAUUCUGGAAAGGCUAAAGCCAAAGCAGUAUCUCGAUCAGCCCGUGCUGGGCUUCAGUUUCCAGUCGGUCGUAUCCAUCGUCACUUAAAGACGCGAACUACAAGUCAUGGGAGAGUUGGAGCGACGGCUGCCGUUUAUAGCGCAGCUAUUCUUGAAUAUUUGACUGCUGAAGUUCUGGAGUUGGCUGGAAAUGCAAGUAAAGAUUUGAAAGUAAAACGUAUCACACCUCGUCACUUGCAGUUGGCUAUCAGAGGAGAUGAAGAGUUGGAUUCCCUAAUCAAAGCUACCAUUGCUGGUGGUGGUGUUAUUCCCCAUAUUCACAAAUCACUGAUAGGAAAGAAGGGGUCUCAAAAGGCAGCAUAACCACCCUUUUAGUGUUCAAGCUCAUUUUAUUUGAUGUUGUUUGGGUCCUGCGUACAUUUGAACUGUUCAUCAUUGUUGUACAACCACCAAUCCGUGUAGAUUUUUAUUUCCUUUUUUAUAUUGUCACCACAACCAUGGACCAUUUUAAAUUUUCAUUUAAUAAAUGUCAUCUUCACAAGUGGAAUAUUUCCCUUUUAUUGAUAAGAGGAAUGUCAGAUUUGCAAGGCUUUACAAGAUGUUUCAUUCAUACUUAAAAAGAUGCCAAUACAAAGUUCAUAGUGUUACAUGAGGAUCUGUAGAUUCUGUGACUAGACUACAUGAGUUUUUUCGUGGGGUGUUUUUAAGACUUUUUGAUUGCGCUGCAAUUAUAAUUGUGAAUAUGUGUAUUAGGAAGCUUUCAGGUGAUUGUGCUAGUAAGAAGAUAAUUUGUUUCAAUGGAACAGCAUUAGUUUUAGAGUGUUUAGUGGGUAUUAAAUAUUCAUGCUGCUGUUACUGUGCUGUUCAGUGUAACUUUUUUAACUAUGAUGUAUGAUUCUAUUGUCGUAGUAUUAACUCUGAGAGUAUUACUUAUUGGCAGAUAGAGAUAGGAAUUUUUAAGAUAUUUGGAUGUUGCAUUCCUCAAGGAGUUGCUAUUGUCAUAAGAACAGCUGUAGUUCUGGUUUGUCAAAUCUAAAUAUUAAGAAAAUAAAAGUAUGUAUGAUAUUAUUA